AUGAAUAAAGAGAAAGCUGCUGACUGUUUACUUGAUAGGGCUGACGCCACCAUUGCCGCACAAGCUACCGGUGCCAUGUCCUGGGCCUUCAUCAACGCCAUGAAGAAGAACCCACAGCAGAGCUACGUCCAGCUGCUCAACAGUAUCCGUGACGAGCUCGCUACCAAGUAUACUCAGAAGCCGCAGCUGAGCUGUAGUCAUCCUUUGAACACCAACCUCCUCUUCGUAAUGUAA